AUGGAGGAGCUGGCAGUUGUCAAUGAUACUCGUUUCCACUCUAUGGAGGAUCGCAUAGAUGAGUAUCAGACCGACUUCACCUCUCAGUUUGAGCAUCUCGAUCAGAGACUUGGGCAUCUUGAGGAGCAUAUGGAUCAACAGCAUGAGGAGAUGAUGGCCUACCUUCGCUCAGUCAUGGAAUAUUAUUUGCAGAAGACAUACUACAAGACUGCAUCUUUGAUUUCAAACAGCAGCAAGGCUAGUGCUCUUCUUGCAGGGCAAACUGCGGAAGUUUCAAUGUUGGCCUUCGAGUAUGCCAAGAAUCUGGGAUUGGCAUUCCAAUUAAUAGAUAACGUCCUUGAUUUCACAGGCACAUCAGCUUCCCUGGGGAAGGGUUCAUUGUCUGACAUCCGUAAUGGAAUAAUAACAGCCCCAAUAUUGUUUGCUAUAGAAGAGUUCCCUCAAUUGGAUGCUGUUGUCAAACGCGGCCUUGACAAUCCUGCAGAUAUUGAUCUUGUCAGUUUCUGA